ACGGCACUCAGCAAGAGGCACAGAAAUCCUUCCCUCUGCGGGAGUGGUUCAGGAGUGCUGCAGUAUCUGUCUCUCUCCUCUUAACCCAUGGCCAACUGCACCUGGUCGAUGUGGACUCUGCUCCUUCUCCCAGUGUUUUGUGUGUAUCGCCUCUGUGACACUGCAACCAUCAUCCCAAGCUGUGUGCCUGGACAGCAGGGUGGUGAAUGCAACAACACAGAGACAGCAGUUCUGACUUCCCCAACCCCUGAGGUGAAAAGAUCAAAGUGUCCACUUUCCAUGGAAAAUUAUUGUCUUAAUGGAGACUGUGUGUACAUUCCACACGAAAACAUUCACUACUGCAGGUGUGCUAAAGGUUACAGUGGUGCCAGGUGCAUGCACCUUGAACUGGUCCGGCAACCAAUGAGCAAGCAAGAUGUGGCACUGACGGUGGCGAUAUUAUUUCUUGUCGUUGUGGGCUUGCUAAUUGUCUCUUUCUUGAUCUACAGGAGAUUUAGUAAAAACAGAUCUAAACAUCAAUCACAAGACACAAGAGAGAAAGAUCCAACCAAAACUGAAUCUAAGGAGUCGUUCUUGGGGCAGGAUUCAUUACCUCCAAGCGAAACAUUUCACAACCUGCUCCACUGCUAAACACAACCAGUAACUUGGAGAAUGUAACAUAAAUGCACUAAAGAAAUGGUGUGGCAUUAUGGGUUACCUUCAGCUGAAGGCGUAUUGGUUUCUGUACAUCUAAGACAAACAGUUUGAAUUACUGUGAAAACCAUUCCUUUCCUUUUAAUCCUCCUGUUUCUCACGAAGAAGUUGACUUCUUCAAGAUUUCUGAGAUGAUUUUGUCUGUUGGCCUCCUCCCUUGAAGAUGUGAAUUGUUUCCUAAGGUCUAUCCCUUGGAAUGAAGGAGCUCAUAUCCUGUUUGAACCAUUGUGUCAUUUAGUGACAGUAUGAGGGUGGAGGGACAUAUGUGUGUCAAUACCAUUCUGUUCCCUUUUGCCAUUAUUUACACUUACAGCACGGUGGGUAAACCUUUAAAGAGGAGUCAGGGCACUGGGAGAUUUCCCCCUUUUACUGGGCUGAAAUUGAUCCACUGUGCUUGAACAAACUAAAACUAUCAAAAAUACAUCAAUAUUCCACUGCUCCAGUUAACUUUAACUUUUCCAAAUGUCAACUUCAUUUUCAGUGCAUAAAGAUCAGAGUGCUUUUGUGUUUGGAGCAGUUUCCUGAAGGACCUAGAUUUUAACACAAGAUCACUCUCGUUUCCUUUUCAUCUUUUGUGACAUGUUCAUUUACAGUAUUUAUUCACAGCUAUAUAUUUAUGAUGUAUUCUGUUUUGCAACUGACAGACAAAUUGCCUUGAACUCCAGCAGAGGGCAAUGUUUCUUUAACUGACCUGAACCAGGGACUGAGAAUCUGAAGUUUGCAGUUUGACCUGGGUCUGUGUUUGUUUCUUUUGGAUGAAAGUUUCAGAAUUUUGACAUGAGCCAAAAACAGACAUCAAGUACAACUCCAAAAUUUCUCCAGAUUACAGAAAUAACUGAUAUUAACAUUUUAUAAGUUAAAUACAUAUUUAUUUAUUAAGUACUUUAAUACAACGUUAUAGGGAAGAACGACAAGAGCCAACCGAAACUCAACUGAAAAGUUUUAAAGAGGAUGUACAAACAGAGGAAACUUUGCUUAAAUCUUUGGCAGUGGCAGGACAUGUUGGAGAAACUGUCAAGAGGUUGUAGGAUCCUGAAAGAGCUCUUGUGGUGCAGUGGUAGAGUACUUUCCUCUGGAUCCAACAGUCUGAGUUCAAGUCCCACCUGCUCCAGAGAUGUGUCACAGCAUUUCUGUACAAGUUGGCUAAAGAAACUGCAGGACCCUGGGCUCUAUAAAGAGUGACAUGGCAGACAAAAGCAAAUAACUCCUGCCAAAAUUUGGUAAAUAUUGUGCUGAUCUCAACUGGACUAUUGUCUAAUUCUGGACACUGUGCUCCAGGAGUUACUGAAGAUCUUGUAGAGGGGAUUUACUAGAGCAGAACCAAAGCUGAGGGACCUUGAUGCAUGUGGAGAAGGGGCUUUUGAUGGAUAUAUUAAACGGCAUUAAGGAUCUGCACAAAUCUCACAGAGACAAUUGACUCUGGUGUUGCUGUAGGGACAUAGGUUUAAAGUGGUUGAUCAAAGAGCCAGAGGGAAGGUGAGGAGUAUGUUUGUUUUCCUUGUGAUUAGACAUGCUCUGCCUAAAGGAUAAUUAAGUGCACCUUCAAUUAAAAGCUUUUGAAAGGGAAGUGGAUAAAAAUUAAAAUGGCUAUGGGGGAAAGAGCAGGAGAAUGGGUCUAAUUGGAUAACUCUUCCAAAGAGUGAGCACAUUGAUGUUCGCUGGCUGGUCUCCCUCUGGUCUCCCAUCUCUAAUUAUAAAGGUGCACUUUUCAAAUCCAUGUUUCUGAUGGAGAUCUACACUUGCUGGGAUCACCGGUUAAUCAGCGUUACAGAGUUUGUAAGUCAGUCUCUGAUCCACACUCUGUAACAGCAUAAUUCAUUCUGCGAUUACUGAAGCACCCGAACAAUAUGUUUCACUUGUUUAUACCACAUUGAAAUUGGAGCAACAUUCAAUAAUUUCUUGCCAGAUGGAGGGUCAAAGGGUAGAGGGGUCAGAUAGGAACAUGGAGAUCAGGUCAGCCAAGUUCUUACCAAAUGGCAGUGUAGACUAAAAGGGCAUUCCCCUAAGUCAUGUGUUUUGUUGGUAUAUGCUGUUUAGUAGAUGUAAUAGGAACUAUUGACACAAUUCCCAGUGCCCUUAUGGCACUAUGGUCUGAAAUUGAGUCUGUCCCAUACUGGGCUGAAUGAGUGAUUGAAAAAUCACCUUAAAAUACAUUACUUUGUAAAUAAUAAAACUAAAGGCUGGAAUGAAAUUGCAAUUCUGGCAAGAUAUAUGCAAUAUUUUUAUGCUUUGAUCAUUUUGAUAUCUCAGAACAGAGGAUUGUGGAGGUCCAGUCUUUGAGUAUGUUUAAGAUAUUAAUAGAUUUAUGAUUCCCAGUGAUGUACAAAGUUAUAAGGAUUGAUUGGAUAAAAGGCCCCAUAGUAUUCUAUCAGUCAUAACCAUUAUUGAUAGGGAAAACCUGAUGGGCUGAAUGGCCUACUCCUGUUCAUACUCCUGUUUGUACUUUCACCUCCUUGAACUUCACACACUAGAGGAUAAUAUCUGAUCUCUUUAAGUACUGUCACUACAAAGAAUUUUUAAUCUAUGGUGCUAUAGAUGUCAACUAGGAGAAAGUGAGGAUUGCAGAUGCUGGAGAUCAGAAUUGAGAGUAUAGUGCUGGAAAAGCACAGCCGGUCAGGCAGCAUCCGAGGAGCAGGAGAAUUGACGUUUCGGGCAUAAGCCCUUCAUCAGGAAUCAGUUGAUGUAUGUAGAUAAAUAUUAGUGCUCUUUUUUUUAAUUGGGUCUCUGAGGAGAUGAUUGACUAUAUGGGGUCUUGGAUUAUUUUGAAGGUGGAGUUAGAUAGAUCUGUGACCAACGAGGGAGUCAGUGCUCUCAGGGAGAGGUGAGCACAUAGGCUGGAGGCCACAAUCCAUUCAGCCCUAAUCUUAUUGAACAGUAAGGCAGAUUUGAGGGCUGAAUGGCCUGCUCCUAGUUUAUAUGUGUAUAUUACAUCAGUUGUGGGCAUUGAGGGAACUGAAGGAAGAAUUGUUCAGCGGUAAUUCUCAGGUUAGUGUAACGUGUGGUUAGACUUGAAGGAUGAUCUCCACUUUAGGAAUCUGGCUGCCACGUGCUGGUUACUUUCCAACACACGGCAUGCAUCUUGAAGAUUGCAGAGAGGUAGAGACAGUGACUGUCAUUCUCUGUAACUAGACUAUUAAUAGGCCAAAUCAAAGACUUUUUCAUCAUUCUGUCACAGGACUGUUAACUUGCCAAAUACAAAUAUCUCAAAAGCAAUCAGUGUUGCAUCAGCGGCUUGAAUAAUUCCCAGUGCCUUCCCAAUUCUAGUCCCUUCCUUUGUCAACGUCUUACCUUCCAGUCCAGAGCUUCUUGGGGAUCUGUUAGUUUUCUAACUCAAGAGAAUUGGAUCAUAUUAUGUUGGUGCACGGUUUCCAGCGUGGGAGUUAAGUUGGCUUGAGACAAAGGAGUGAGAGAGAGAGAGAGCCAGGGUUGUUGGGCCCGGAUCUGGGGUGGUGAGGGAUAAUUAAGGGGGAUCAUUCCUGCUCCACCUGACUGACAAGGAAUGCUCCCCUCUGCCUGCCCUCCCCUUGCUGUAGCUGCCAGUUAUCCGCAAUGCAGGCUGACCACAGUUAAAUACCUGCUGAGCAGGUUAAACUUGAUCUUUGACAGCAUACCUAAAAUCAACGAGGUAAAAACAAUGACUGCAGAUACCUAAAAUGCCAGUCGGGCUCCUAUCCCACAUGAGGAAGGGCCAGAAUUCAGGAGUUGCAGCAUUUUUGGGGAAAAAUAAACCGCAUUCAAACUCAAUCUCACCCCCUCCCUAGUGCUAAAUCAAGCUACCCACCAUCCCCCCCCCCCCCCUCCAAUUUUAUCAAAGUACGUGCCAAAUUCUUAAUUUGAUAUUGGAGAACCAGCAUACUGUAGGAGUUGGCUAGUAUACCUCUAGUGCUGAAAAUGUGUUGCUGGAAAAGCGCAGCAGGUCAGGCAGCAUCCAGGGAACAGAGGAAUCGACGUUUC